UCUAGUAAGUGUUACGUGCAAAUUGUGCGAGAUGGUAAUUAAAAGACAGUGGGUGGACCAUCUGCAAAGAGGUAAAGUAAACUGGAUUCAGACAAGGUAAAUCUUGUGUCACAAAUCUAUGUUUUUAUUCAAGAGUAAUACAGGGGCUCCUCGACUUACUACAGAGUACUGUUCCUACAACACGUUGUAACCCAGUUUUGUAAGUAAUCAAAACAAACCCUUUAACAGAAGGAAAUAUCAGCCCCAUCCCUUAUAUCAAAGUGCCACAAGCACCUAAAUGACUCACCUAUGCUAGCACAGUGGUAAAGCCAUAAUUAGACACUAAACAUUUGUAUGAAAAAAAAGGUAAAUGAAAAAAGAACACAAACCAAAGAGAGUGAAUGCACAACAAGCCAAAAUGGUGUACAGCAGGACAUGCACUUGCCUUCUUCCUCGGUCAAGCACCACGUAACGACGUAUUCUUACACCGAGGUUGUAAAUAGUUUAUACGGGAAGUUUAUAAUUACUACACACAAAUGUAAUAAGUGAAAACAAGGAUAUUAUAAUAAUUUAUGGGGGUUGUAUCGUAACCUCUAGACAUUGCAGGUCCAGGACAUCAUUACCCAAGGUCCCCCUGUAGAUAUAGUACAGGAGAGAAAUGGAUGGCCAGACUGCAUAUUUUUGAACCUAAAAAGGGCAUUUGAUAAAGUUCCACAUAAGAGAUUGCUGUGGAAACUAGAACACAGAGGAGGAUUUGGGAGAAAAAUGACAGAAUGGAUCAAAAACUACCUGACAAACAGAGAAAUGAGAACCAUGUUAAAAGAUGAAAAAGUGGAUUGGAGAAACGUCACAAGUGGAGUGCCACAGGGAUCAGUGUUAGUGCCAAUAAUGUUUUUGAUAUAUAUGAAUGAUAUGCCAGAAAAAGUAAAGCUAUAUGAGCAUGUUUGCAGAUGACCCAAAACUGCUCAGAAGAAUGAGAGAUGAAGACCAUCAUCAUUUCAUGGACGCCUGCUCCUAGGAGCUCCCACCAGGGGAUGGCCACGGCAGAAGAGCUUCCAACUAGAGAUGAAGAUGAUUGUAAUAAGCUGCAGGAAGAUUAAUAAUAUAUGAGUGUAGUAAAGAAUGGGAAAUAGAGUUCAACAAUAAGAAGCAUCGCACAAUGAAAAUGGGAAAAGUAAAAAUAGACCAUGAGGAGUAUAUAAGAUGGGAGGGACAAUCAUCGACAUAGUGAAUGAAGAAAAAGAUUUGAGAGUCAUAAUACAAGAUACAUUGACGCCUGAGAAGCACAUAAAUGAGAUGUUCGGAGAAACAUAUAGUUUGCUGCAAAAUAUUAGCGCAGUAUUUCACUACUUGGAUGGGAACAUGAUGAAGAAAAUAAUGACCACAUUGGUUAGACCAAGGCUAGAGCAUGCAGCGGCUGUUUGGUCACCACGCAGGAAAAUGGAUCUAAGGAAACUCGAAAGGAUUCAAAGGAUUGUAACUAAGAUGGUACCAGAACUAUCAAGCUUGUCACACGAGACUAGAUUGUAGGAACUGGGUCGUAUAACACUCGAAGAAAGAAGAGAAAGAGGAAACCUGAUAGCAUUGUACAGAAAUACAAGUUGAAUGGACGUGUUGGAUAGAAAUGACUAAAUCAAGAUGGAAAGGAGGAGGCAACUAAGAGGACACAGCAAAAAAUUGAGAAGGGGGAGUUUUCGAAAGACAUUAAAAAAGUAGUUUUCCAUACAGGAAUGUGGAUUCAUGGAAUAGGCUAAACAAAUACAUUGUUGAAGUGGACAGUAUUAAAAAAUGAAGGAAAAGUUGGAAAAAUAUAGUUUGGGAGACAGGACUGUCCGAGACUGAGCUCAGGCCCUGUAUGCUACAAAUAGGUAAAUACACACACACAACCUGCCCCGGAUUCCCCAUCUGGGCUAUGUUUUCUGUUUUCUAUGCAAGUCACUGCCGACCUCCACCACCUACUCUCUCCCACAUACAGCAGCACAGCACAACACCUCAGAGGUGAAUCUUCACGUGUCUGAGGUGAAUCUUCACGUGUCUGGCAAUCUCACCUCUGGUCAUAAAGCGCUUCCCACAAACAUCACACUUGAACCCUUUGUGGCCAGUGUGUCUUAUGCUGUGUGUCUUCAGGUAAGACUUUGAAAGGAAUCUUUUCCCACAAACUUCACAUUCAUGAUUUCUUUCAUCAGUGUGCGUAAGGAUGUGUCUGUUGAGGUGACUCUUCUGAUUAAAUCUUUUCCCACACACUUCACAUUCAUGAUUUCUUUCAUCAGUGUGUGUAAGGAUGUGUCUGUUGAGGUUACUCUUAUCAUUAAAUCUUUUCCCACACACUUCACAUUCAUGAUUUCUUUCACCAGUGUGUGUAAGGAUGUGUCUGUUGAGGUGACUCUUAUCAUUAAAUCUUUUCCCACACACUGCACAUUCAUGAUUUCUUUCACCAGUGUGUGUAAGGAUGUGUCUGUUGAGGUUACUCUUCUUAAUAAAUCUUUUCCCACACACUUCACAUUCAUGAUUUCUUUCACCAGUGUGUGUAAGGAUGUGUCUGUUGAGGUUACUCUUCUGAUUAAAUCUUUUCCCACACACUUCACAUUCAUGAUUUCUUUCACCAGUGUGUGUAAGGAUGUGUCUGUUGAGGUUACCCUUAUCAUUAAAUCUUUUGCCACAAACUUCACAUUCAUGAUUUCUUUCACCAGUGUGUGUAAGGAUGCGUCUGUUGAGGUGACUCUUAUCACUAAAUCUUUUCACACAAACUUCACAUUCAUGAUUUCUUUCACCAGUGUGUGUAAGGAUGUGUCUGUUGAGGUGACUCUUAUCACUAAAUCUUUUCACACAAACUUCACAUUCAUGAUUUCUUUCACCAGUGUGUGUAAGGAUGUGUCUGUUGAGGUCACUCUUAUCAUUAAAUCUUUUCCCACACACUUCACAUUCAUGAUUUCUUUCACCAGUGUGUGUGAGGAUGCGUCUGUUGAGGUCACCCUUCUUAUUAAAUCUUUUCCCACAAACUUCACAUUCAUGAUUUCUUUCACCAGUGUGUGUAAGGAUGUGUCUGUUGAGCUCACCCUUCUUAUUAAAUCUUUUCCCACAAACUUCACACUCAUGACAUUUUUUGCCAGUGUGUGUAAGGAUGUGUGUCUUGAGCUUACCCUUCUUACUGAAACUUUCCCCACAGACUUGACAACCAUGAUUUCUUUCAGCAGAGUGAGUGAGUGUGUUAGUUACCGCCACCCUUGUCAGGGAGGCUUUUCUCACACUCUUGGCUCUCAUGGUUCCCUUGACCAGUGUGUGCAAAGCUGCAUCUCAUGAACUUCCUCUCAACUAUCAAAUUGUGCUACAGUCCUGACACUCAACCUUUCCCUUUCCUUUAUGGCUGGAAAAGGCAGCAGCAAGGUGGUGGUGGUCCUUCUGAUCAGCCCUUGGUCCCCACACCCGUGACAGUCUGCUCUGCUGCUCCUGGCCACUCAGGCUGCAGGCCAGCCUUGUGGGUGAGGGGGCAGAAAGUCUUCCUCAAUGCUACACUCAAGAACCAAGCAAGCAGGUGAGGGAAGGAUCCACCAAGGAGCAAGGACACUGAGGGCUGAGCACAGCAAGUGUCUCACACCCUCACUUCAACACCAGCGGUGCACGUCAGGAGACAGUUGUGUGCUGUGUCCUGGCCCUGUGCUGCCUGCCUCAGACCCUCACUUCAGCACCAGCAGUGGAUGUCAGGACACAGAGUUGUGUGCUGUGUCCUGGCCCUGUGCUGCCUGCCUCAGACCCUCACUUCAGCACCAGCAGUGGAUGUCAGGACACACAGAGUUGGUGCUGUGUCCUGGCCCUGUGCUGCCUGCCUCAGACCCUCACUUCAGCACCAGCAGUGGAUGUCAGGACACACAGAGUUGGUGCUGUGUCCUGGCCCUGUGCUGCCUGCCUCAGACCCUCACUUCAGCACCAGCAGUGGAUGUCAGGACACACAG